AUGCGUUGUUAUCUAUCAACAAGUUCAAUUCUUCAUAGUUGGUUUGUUAAAUUAACAAAUGUUACACAAGUUAAUACAGAAGCAGGAAUACCAAAACAUACACGAAAACGAAAUUAUCCAUUAACUUAUGAACAAAGACAAUUUCCAAAAUUAAUUGGACAUACAAAAACUUGGAAUACAUUUAAUACAUCAAAUUUACGCGAUGGUAAACGUAAAGCAGAAAUAGUACGUGAUGAUCUAUUUCUUCGACAAUUUAUUUAUGGUACAUGGCAUUCAUUAUUUGCUUCGGAACUUAUUAUAAAACGACGUCAUAAUAUGAUUAUUCUAAGUGGACUUGUAACACGAACAAUACAUCCACGUCGAAUGUAUUUUCUUAUAGGUUAUACAGAAGAAAUUCUUUCUGCUUUAUUAAAAACUCCUGUUAAAAUGGAAAUUCAAACUAUAGACAGUAAAGAUGAUGUUAUUUUUACCUAUUGGUAG